AUGCCAGCAUUCUCAAAAUUUAGGCCUGGGUUCCGUCGAAGGGCGACAGAGGAUAUCAUCAAUGAAAGUGCAGAAGUAGCCAUGGCAGAUCUCCCAUCUUCGGAUGAAAAGAAUACCACUGUCAAUGGUACCAACGACGUUAUCUCUCCAAGCACUGGCAGUAUUGAACCAAUAUCAGAGGAAGCCGAAAAAGAUGUCAUGCCGACCGAAGGUGCACAACGUGGUGUUCAAGAAGUCGAGGCAGUGGCGUUGACAUGGACAAAGCCAUACCUCAUUAUGGUUUUCGCACUCAUGUGGCUGCUUUACUUUGUCAAUGCACUGCAAUCUUCAGUUUGCUACAAUCUUAUCCCGUUCGCCACAAGCUCAUUCGACUUACAUUCUAUGAUCACCGUCAUCAAUAUCGUUGCCAACGCCAUGACAGCAGCGAUAUACAUCCCACUUGCGAAGAUGUUGGAUCUCUGGGGUCGUGCUGAGGGUUUCCUUCUUAUGGUGUUCUUUGCCACCAUCGGGUUAAUCAUGAUGGCUGCUUGCAAUAGCAUCGCUACAUUCUGUGCUGCACAGGUCUUUUACUCGAUCGGUUUCGGAGGCUUGAUUUACAGUAUUGAUGUCAUCACAGCUGAUGUUUCGAAGUUGAAGAAUCGGGGUCUUGCAUAUGCGUUCACCUCUUCCCCAUACAUCAUUACCGCAUUUGCUGGACCUAAGAUUUCUGAUGAUUACUACUAUAACGUCAGCUGGAGAUGGGGAUUCGGCACUUUUGCUAUCAUCUUGCCGUUUGUGGCAGCACCACUAUACAUCAUCUUGAAGCUCAAUCUCAGGAAAGCAGAAAACCAAGGUAUUCUGAUCAGAGAGAGCAGUGGCCGAACUCUGAUGCAAAAUAUCUGGCAUUACGCCGUGGAAUUCGAUGCCUUGGGAGUUGUGCUCUUCGCCGGUGGAUUCACGGUCUUCUUGCUACCAUUCACACUUACCGACACUGCACCUAAUGGUUGGAAAACGGACUACAUUAUUGCCAUGAUCAUCGUUGGAUUCGUGACCCUCGCCCUCUUUGGAAUCUACGAAACUUACCUCGCUCGAGCACCUUUCCUGGAUGUUAAUCUCUUGGCAAACCGAACGGUCAUCGGCGCAUGCUUGCUGGAUUUGACGUAUCAAAUUUCUUACUACUGCUGGAACAGCUACUUUACUUCUUUCCUACAAGUUGUCAACAACUUAACCUUGGCAGAGGCAGGAUAUGUGAGCGAUACAUUCGACGUUGUUUCCGGAAUUCUCCUCCUGGGUGUUGGAUUAUUGAUUCGCAAAACCGGGUACUUCAAGUGGCUUUUGGUGGUUGCGGUUCCUAUCUACGUUUUUGCUCAAGGAUUGAUGAUCUAUUUCCGUCAACCAAACCAGAGCAUCGGCUACAUCGUCAUGUGUCAAAUCUUCAUCUCGAUCGGCGGCAGUAUGUUCAUCAUCUGCGAGCAAAUCGCCGUUCUAGCAGCCUCCGACCAUCAGCACGUUGCAGCCAUUCUCGCCUUACUCUACGUGGUAGGCAACAUCGGCGGUGCCAUUGGAAACGCCAUUUGUGGUGCCAUCUGGACAAACACAUUUCCUCAAGCCUUGGAAAGAUAUCUUCCCGAAUCAGCCAUGGCAGACUUCGAUGCCAUUUAUGGGGAUCUGGCUACUCAACUCACUUAUCCCAUGGGAAGCGAGACUCGAAUUGCAAUUCAACAAGCAUACGGCUACGCACAGGAGCGAAUGCUGAUUGCGGGAACGGCCAUUAUUGGCCUAGCUUUCGUCUGGAUUUUGAUGAUUAAGAAUAUCAAUGUCGCUCAGAAGACACAAGUAAAGGGCACGGUAUUCUAG